CUGCAGACGCCGCCAUCCCCUUGUCUUUGAAACGUGGCCUUUGCAGGUCACGUAUGGUUAUGCUGUUUUAUACCAGCCACUGUUCGAUACAAGUGAUAGAGGAUAGUUCUAUUGACAACUUGAAAGCAUAAUGAUGUCUGCGGUGUUUGCAAGGCGGCUUGUUGCUGGCGUUUGUCGGGCUUCCCUACGUCCAUCAAUGGUUGGUGCAGUGUCUGCACGAGGUUACCGUGGUGAUGCACCUGAACCCACUAUGAUUGAAGUCCCUCUACCGCCGUGGGAGGAGAAGAUGGGCGAGCCUAUUGAUAUCAAGAGGAAAAGACUCUUAUAUGAGAGCCGCAAAAGAGGCAUGCUCGAGAACUGCAUCUUGCUCAGCCUGUUUGCCAAGGAGUACUUGAACACCAUGACAGAAACCCAGCUGCAACAGUAUGACAGAAUAAUCAAUGAGCCAACCAACGACUGGGACAUUUACUACUGGGCAACAGAGGCUUUGCCAACACCUGAGCCGUACAGUGGAGAGGUCAUGGAUCUCCUGAAGGAGUUCGCCAAGAACCGGCAACAGGAGCAGCGUCUGGAUGCACCAAACCUGGAAUACCUGGAUGACGGCAAGAACUGAGCUUCCCCAAAGCCUAUUCCAGAGACUUGCACAUGAUCACCCGGCACAGGCAGAGAGUGUGACCACAUACAAUACAAAAUGUCUGCGUAUAGUUGAUAUACAGGCUUAUCCCAGGCCCUUUAAUAGGCCAUUUCUUUUUUAUUUAUUGUGUUUCAUUGUUCUUUAUGGUUUGAAAUGGACUGCUGAUGUAUUUCCCACCACAUUGUGUAAAUCAACUGACAGGACUGGCUGACUGAUCCACACAGGCUGGGUUUUUCAGUAUGUAAGAGACUGUAUCGACUGAUGUACUGUAUGUAAAAAGUGCUAUGACUAGUUGCUGUCGUGUGUUGACAUGACAGACAUUGAUCUAAAAUGUUGUGUACAUAAAUGCAUAAUUAUAUGAA